AGAUUUAUGUGUUAUAGAUGAGAUUAAUGUGUUAGAGUGAGAAUCGUAGAGAAUCGUGAAAAUGUUCGAGACGAAGAGAUAGAGGAGAUAGAGGAACAUAAAAAUAAUUAAAAAUUGGUAAGCCCGGGCAAAUGAAAACUUUUCCGCCUAAAUUAUAUGUAGGGCUUCCACCUAAAGUGCUAAGUAAACUGCCUAUUAAAAUUCUUAAAAAUUCGGCCCAACCAAAGAUAGCGUUUACAAUUUUAUAAACGCUAUCUAAACCCAAUUAUGUAUCAACCAUAGCAUAAACAAAAAAACCGCUAUCCUACUACGCUAUAAAAACCCUCUUUUCUUGUAGUGUAUGUUGAUGAGGGUAAUCCUACUUACAUAUGUGAGUACUGUAAGGCUAAAAUGUGGUAUGGUGAACGUCUAGACCGAAAUACGAGAACAAAGAAGAAUCCUAUUUUUUCUCUAUGUUAUGGACAAGGCCAAGUCAAGCUGCCUAUGUUGAGAGAAAGUCCGUUAGUUAUAAAACAACUGCUUUAUGGGAAAGAUGAGAAAAGUCGUUACUACCAGAAAAACUUAAGAGCAUUGAACAUGCUGUUUUCAUUUACUUCUCUCGGUGGUAAGGUUGAUCGCUCUAUUCCUAAUGGUGUUGGUCCAAAAACUUUUACAUUGCAAGGGGAAAACUACCAUUUGAUGGGCAGUAUGAAACCAGAUCUUGGUGAUUCAGCUAAGUUUUCUCAGCUAUACAUCGUCGACAUUGAAAGCGAGGUUGAUGAUAGAGACUCGGUAAUGAGGUAUUGACGAUAAUUUACAAUUAUGAGCUACAACUUAUGUGUCCCUGACGUGUUCAAUGAUAAAUUUUAAUUUUAUUUCCUUGCAGAAAGUACAACACAUAAGCAGAUAAAGUGAAGAAGCAGGCCAGGAAAAAACAGAUUAUUGAGGAUAUCAUCAAAGUUCUUGACGAUGUUAAUCCCUAUGUGAAGCAGUUUAGGCAGGCACGUGAGAGAUUGAGCAUGGAACCUAAUGAGAAGUUUCAUAUGAGGAUUGUGAGUAAUCGUGAGAAAGAUGAAUGGACGUAUAAUACUCCAACCGCGUCUGAAGUGGCUGCUUUAAUUCUUGGAGACUUCAAUUUGGAGAUGGAUAGACGUGACAUUAUUUUACAAGAGAAACAGACUCGCAGGUUAAAAAGGAUUAGUGAGAUACAUCCUUCUUAUCUUGCACUUCAGUAUCCUCUUAUUUUAACCCAUGGAGAAGAUGGAUUCAGACUUGGAAUUAAAAAAUGAGAUUAUCCUGCUACUAAUAAACUAAAGAGAAAGGAUAUAAGUAUGAGGCAGUGGUUUGCUUUUCGUCUAUUUGAGAGGGAUGGCGAGUGUCAAACUCUUCUACACUCGAGGAGAUUAUUUCAGCAGUUUUUGGUUGAUGCAUUCACGACUAUUGAGACCAACCGGCUCUGUUUUUUAAAGCUGAAUCAGAAAUGUUUGAGGUCUGACAGCUACGACUCAAUUAAGCAGGCUGAGAAUGGAGGCAAAGUUGAUAUGAAUGAUCAAGGUGCUCGAUUUGUUUUGCAUGCUUCUUUCACUGGUUCACCAAGAUACAUGAAGAAUAACUAUCUAGAUGCAAUAGCCAUUUGUAAACAUUUUGGUUUCCCAGAUCUGUUCAUCACCUUUACAUGCAACCCUAAAUGGCCAGAAAUUACAAGAUAUCUGCUCUAGCGGAAUUUGAAUGCAGAGGAUAAGCCAGAAAUCAUUUCUCGAGUAUUCAAGAUGAAGUUGGAUUCACUAAUGACAGAUUUGACUGACAAUGAAAUCUUAGGGAAAACAGUGGCAUGUAAGUUAUAUUUUAUUUGUGUUGUUCACUAUAAAUAUAUGGUCGCAUAUGUUUAAAUAUUUCCUGACAUGAAACUUGUUAUUGAAUGCAGCAAUGUAUACUGUUGAGUUCCAGAAACGUGGAUUGCCGCAUGCGCACAUUUUGUUAUUCAUGCAUCCCAGUUCUAAAUUCUCUACGACUGACCAUAUUGACCAGACCAUUUCAGCAGAGAUUCCAGACAAAACAGAAAAUCCAGAUCUCUAUGAAGUGAUUAAAGACAUGAUGAUUCAUGGCCCUUGUGGAGUUGUCAAUUUGAAAUCACCAUGUAUGGAGAAUGGAAAAUGUUCUAAACUAUUUCCAAAGGCAUUUGCAACUAGAACCACUGGUAAUAAAGAGGGCUUCCCAGUUUACAGGAGACGGGAUAAUGGUCAUUUUGUUGAAAAGAAAGGUUUCAAGUGCGACAACAGAUAUGUUAUACCAUAUAAUAGAACUAUGUCCCUUAUGUACAGAGCUCAUAUUAAUCUGGAGAGGUGUAAUCAGUAUGGAUCUAUCAAGUACUUAUUCAAGUACAUCAAUAAGGGACAAGAUUGGAUUACUGUUACGGUUGAGGCGCCAAAAGAAGGAGGUUCUUUGGAGAACAACGACGUGAACCAGAAAGCAAACCAAGAAAACAAAAAUGAAAUAAAAGACUUUUUUUUAUGGCAGGUGCUUCUUUUUAUACGUCUGGUUUUUCAGUGUAGUGUGAUCGUAGUUGAAACAUAUGUUGUUAUUUAACAGUUUAUUUAUUUCUUUGUCAGAUACGUCUCUGCUUGUGAAUCUUCAUGGAGAACUCUUAAGUUUCCUAUUCAUUACAGAUCAGUACCAGUUGAGAAAUUUCAGUUUCAUUUGCCAGGGAAGCAUAUUAUUAUCUUUAAGGACGAUGACACAUAUGAGGAAGCAAGUCGCAUGUUGAUUCAGAAUAUGUAUAUGAUGGCUUGGUUUGAGUUGAACAAGGUUAGCUCCGCUGCUAGAAAUCUAACUUUAGCUGAAACUCCAACAAGGUUUAUUUGGAACAAAAAAGAUAGAAAAUUGCAAGAAAGGAAAAGAGGUUUCAGCAUUGGGAGAAUUAACUAUGCCCCCAAGAAGUUUGAGGAAGCAUAUUUCCUACGUAUGUUGCUGAAUAUAGUUCGUGGACCAACAUGCUUUGAUGACAUAAAGACCUUUAACCAUGUACUUUAUCCUACGUACAAAGAAGCAUGUUUUGCUCGUGGUUUAUUAGACGAUGAUCAAGAAUACAUUGAUUAUAUUAUCAGGUCAAGCUAUUCGUGUUCUGUAUCCUGUAUGCGACAUUCCUUUGUUGUCAUGCUCAUGUCCUUGACUUUAUCAAAGCCAUAAAGCGUCUGGGAAAAUACAUGGGAGUUUCUUUCAGAUGACAUUCAAUAUAGGCAGAGGAAACAAUUUAACAGACCAGGUUAUUUAUCCUUUCAAUUCAUCCGGUUUCCAGUUGACAUGCUUUCAAUAUAUUAUGCAUUGUUAGUUUUAACAUACAUCAUUCAUUUGUGCAGGGUUGUGUCUAAGUGAUGCUGAAAAAAAGGAAGGAUCCCUAAUGGAGAUUGAAAAGAUUUUGAAAAGUAAUGGAACUUCACUAUCAAAUUGGAAAAAAAUGGCUAAACCCUUUCGCGAUGUUACUGAUAGUCAAAAUGUUUUGAUUCUUGAUGAGCUAAGCUACAACCGUGAAGAGUUUAGGGAAGAACAUGAUAGAGACAUCUUAAAGAUGACUGAUGAGCAGAGGAAAAUUUACGAGGAAAUUAUGGAUGCAGUUAUAGGAAAGAGAGGCGGUGUUUUCUUUGUUUAUGGAUUUGGUGGAACUGGAAAGAUGUUUUUGUGGAGAUUAUUAUUUGCUGCUAUUAGAUCCAGGGGUGAGAUUGUGUUGAAUGUUGCCUCAAGUGGUAUUGCUUCGCUUCUGUUACAAGGAGGAAGGACUGCGCAUUCUAGAUUCGGUAUACCAAUCAAUCCUGAUGAGUUCUCUCUGUGUAAUUUGCCACCAGGGACUUAUGCUGCUAAUUUCGUUAAAGAAGCCUCACUAAUAAUUUGGGAUGAAGUGCCGAUGAUGAGCAAGCAUUGUUUUCACUCAUUGGAUAGGAGCUUAGCAGACAUUAUGAGGAGUACAGAAAAUAAGCCAUUUGCUGGCAAAGUUGUUGUCUUAGGUGGGGAUUUCAGGCAAAUGUUGCCUGUUAUUAAUGGUGGAUCGAGGGCUGAAAUUGUGUUGAAUUCUCUAAAUUACUCUUAUCUGUGGAGACAUUGCAAAGUGCUGAAACUAACAAAGAAUAUGAGGUUGUUGUCGACUGAUUUGACUGCAGAAGAGCUGAAAGAACUUGAAGCAUUUUCGCAGUGGAUAUUGGAUGUUGGAGAUGGAGUAGCUGGUGAGCCUAAUGAUGGUGAUGCACUAAUCACUAUUCCAGAUGAGUUUCUGAUUAUGGAUACAAACGAUCCUAUAGAAUCCAUUAGCAAAGAAGUUUAUGGAGAUGCAACAGCUCUGCAGCAGCAGAAAGAUCCUAUUUUUUUCCAAGAGAGAGCUAUUCUAUGCCCGACAAAUGAGGACAUGAAAAAUAUAAAUCAGCAUAUGCUGGAUACACUUGAUGGUAAUUACAUUUUCAUUGCAUACUUUUUGGUUAUCGGUUUGUUUUUAACAUCUUAACUCGAGUACAAAUUUGUUUGAAUUUCAGGUGAGGAGAGAAUCUAUUUAAGCUCUGGCAGCAUAGAUCCAUCUGAUACAUGAUCUGUUAA